GCACUCUCUCUUGAGAAGCGGUGUGCGUGCCGCGCCGUGGCAACGACGGCGCGCCCUUCGUCGGCAGGUAUCCGCGCAACUCGUCGUUAUACAAGCGACGCACAGCUCCUCCUCUCCGGUCGUGACGCGAGCGUCACGUCAGGACCGCGUUGUUCCAAUGGCGGCCGCCGGCCAAGCACCAACAACUUGCGCAAUUAGCAGCGACGCACAUGCCGGAGACGGCACGGCACCGGCACGCUGUUGAUGCGCGGACGACGUUGGACGUGCCAGUAGUAACUCAACCGAGCCACGGCAGUCUCCCGCUGACAGCGUGCGACGCACUCCGCUACUGCGCACGAAACGGUGAGCUCGGCUAUAAGACGUGCCGGUUGGACCCGACUCAAGAGCCGCUGUGUGAAGGCCGAAGCGCCAUGGCGCGGCCCGUCCGGAUUCUGUCCUGCAGGCACCUGCUGCUGGCCACCGGAAUGGCGCUUUUUGCCGCGGCCAGUAUCGCGGUUGCCUGCCACGAUCUCGACUUCUUCCGGACCAGGCAAGAGUGCUCCCACACGUUUGAGAAUGAGUUCCGCAGGAGUUACGAUGAAUAUCACAACGACCACGAUAGAAGUCGGGAGAUUGUUUGCUGUGCACUGAUGCGGGCAAACCAGUGCAUCAGGAGCCUGUAUCAGAGAAAACAGUGCCAGAAUGAUGGCAUUGAAAUCUUGGCCCACUUUGCUCGAAAGGCCAGCGCAAAGGAUUGCGAGAACUUUGACUACCGGCCAUGUGGCUCGGGCGCCUCUACCAUUGGUGCUUCAGCCUUGCUGCUGGCUGCCCUAGUGGCAUUUGUUGUGAAAGGGUCAUCGUGAUUUGCUUUCGUCUGCAAUCGCUCUCACCAGGCACCAUUCUUGUUUGUACUGUCAAGUGAUUUCAUUCAUCAAUCGCCCAGCAAAAUCACUGCUACAAAUUUCAGUUGUAAGUAAAGGAAUGAUAAGUGACACGGCACCAAUCACAGCAGGAACAUACAUACAGUGAAGGCACAAGAAAAGAUGUGUUGAAAACCAAGUCGGCUGUUUGUGAACCAUGUUCAUUAGCCUGAGGCAGCAAGGCGGGAGAUGUGUGGAGUGAAAAUAUGUGAUUAAAUAAACUUGUAACCCCCUA